CGCCAAUUGGGAUCCGAGAAACACAGCCUCAGCUCAACAGCUUGUUAUUUCGUUUAUGCCUUUGCAACCUUGCCGAAUGCUGAGCUGAAGCAGUCACAGGAGCAUCAGUCAUAACCAAUCGAGCUGGACUCCCUCAAAUAGCCAUCAAGAUGAAGGUAGCAGAUGAACCUGCCUACCUGACCGUGGGGACGGAUGUGAGUGCGAAGUACCGCGGUGCCUUCUGUGAGGCAAAAAUCAAGACUGUUAAACGUAUGGUAAAAGUUAAGGUUGUGCUGAAAGGAGAGAGCACAUCACAAGUUGUCCAAGAUGACCAAGUCAAAGGACCUUUAAGGGUUGGCUCGACAGUGGAGGUGAAGAUCCCAGAGUGUGGACUUAGUGAAGCUGUCAUCAGCAAACUCACAGAUGCCAGCUGGUACACUGUCGUAUUUGAUGAUGGAGAUGAGAAAACUCUCCGAAGAACUUCAUUGUGUCUUAAAGGCGAAAGGCAUUUUGCAGAGAGCGAGUCUCUGGACCAACUGCCCCUCACUAACCCAGAGCACUUUGGCACCCCUGUCAUUGGAAAGAAGACAAAUCGAGGCAGAAGGUCUUCUCAAGCAGUUGCUGAGGAUGAAAAUGAGUCUUCAUCGAGUGAAGAUGAUGAUGAUGACAGGAGAAGACUCAAUGAUGAUCUUUUGGGGAAAGUUGCAUGUAUUCAAAGCGAGUCUGAUAGUAAUUCCUGGUACUAUGCUCUGGUGGUAUCUCCAAGCUGCAAUGAUGAACUUACUGUUAAAAAGGACCAAUGUUUAGUGAGAUCAUUUGCUGAUUCCAAAUUUCACAUUGUGGCACGCAGAGAAGUUCAGGAAGUGAACCUCGACACUAUCUCCAACUCUGAAAAUUCAAACAGGAAAGGGGUUGAAGCAGCACAGCACUUUCUGAAGGACAAAAAGGUCCCUGACAGCUGGAAGGUGGACUUGAGUGAGAUUCUGGAAUCCUCCAGCAGUGAUGAAGAUGACGAGGAUGAGGAUGUUGAAGGCAAAGAGAGUGAGGAGGAGGAAAAAGAGCCAGAGCCUGAGGAACCUGAUGAUGAGCCAGACCCAGAGGAGAGAGAUCACUUUCUACAGCAGCUCUACAAGUUCAUGGAUGACAGAGGAACACCAAUCAACAAACCUCCAGUGCUGGGAUACAAGGAUCUGAACCUCUUCAAACUAUUUCGACUGGUAUAUCAUCAAGGAGGCUUUGAUAAUAUUGAGAGUGGAUCUAUUUGGAAGCAGAUCUACAUGGAUCUUGGCAUCCCGGUUCUGAACUCUGCUGCCUCUUACAAUGUGAAAACAGCCUACAGAAAGUACCUUUAUGGAUUUGAAGAGUACUGCCGCUCCGCUCAGAUCCAGUUCAGGACAGUGCACCACAAUGAGCCACGGCCAGAUGGCCAGCCAGUGGUUAACAGUAUUAAGACUGAGAAAGAGUAUGAGGAGACAGAGGAAGUGAUGCAGCAGGACAAAGUAGAGCCUGGACCCAGUGAGGACAAACCUCUGGCAGAUGGAGAUGAGUCAGAUGCUGAGAGUGAAAAGGGACAAAAAGAUAUCUGCUCACCCAGGGGCCGGCGGCGGUGCACAUUGACCCCUGUGAAAGUAGAGGGGAGGGAUUUAAAGGAGGAGAAGAAAAAAGAGGAGGCACAAGGAACAGGAGAGUACAGUGGAGAGGAGCUGAAGGAGAAAGCCGAUGGAGAAAAUUCCUGGAAAUGCCGCAGCCGUCGCCUCGAGGAGUCUGAUGACGAUGACGACGACGAGCCGGAGGAUGAUGAAAAUGAAGACGAAGAUGGAGAAAGACCCAAGCUCAGGGACAGAGAUGAAAGGGAGGAGGAUGAUGGCUGUGAAGACUCUGAGCACUCUAUGGCAGGCACUAAAGUCAAGGUGAAAUAUGGCAAGGGAAAGACGCAGAAAAUCUAUGAAGCUAACAUCAAGAACACAGAGACCGAUGACGGAGAGGUUAUCUACCUGGUUCAUUACUUUGGCUGGAACGUGAGAUAUGAUGAGUGGGUGAAAGCUGAUAGAAUAAUAUGGCCUGUUGAUAAGGGUGGAACAAAGAGAAAACAAAAGAAAAAAGUGAAGAAUAAAGAUGAUGGAGAGGAGGAUAAACAGGCCAAAAUGGGGAUAAGGAGAGGUCGUCCUCCACUCAAGUCCACCCCUCCCGGCACUUCCCGCAGUGUGUCCAAUACCCCCAGCAGUGAGGGCCGAUCCAGCAGCAAGAACUCACGGCCCAGUGAUGCCUCUGUCUUGCCAAAUGGAGAUAGUACACCUCGCCGACGCACAAGACGAACUUCAGGAAUGUAUGAUUCUGACAGAGGGUCUAAUGAUUCUGGGAACUCCUCAGAUGAUAGCGAAUGUGAGGACUCUCCCGAGAAGAAGGCAGAGUGGACCGAGAACACCGAUCAAACCCCAACAGCAAAUCAAGAGGCAGAAGAGGAGCUCCAGGAGGACAGCACAAUUCCAGAACCUGCACAGCCUGAGCUCCAAUGUCCCAAUAGCCCUCAAGAGAUGCCCAACUUCCAGAAGUGUUAUAAACCUGAGGAAGACACAUCCCUGUUUCCUGAGUCUGAUGACGGAUCUCCAAAAUCAAGAGCAAAGAAGCUUCGUCCAAGAGAUACAGGGUCAGAGCCUCCCACACAAACACUUUCCACUGCUAAUCACACCGAGACAGAGGAACCCUCCACACCUCCACGGCCUGUGAAGAAACCACAGGAAGCACCGUAUAGCAGUCCUAUAGAGAGAAUAGUUGAGGACACCGCCGGUUCAGACACAGACUCUGCUACAGAGGACAUCGUUCUUCCGGAACGAAGCAGCGCCAUUAAACGGAAAGCCACUGAACAUCGAACGCCAGAGAAGAAGGUUCGCUCCGACAGAAAGGAAGACCCUAAAGUGCCAUCUCCAAUGAAAACGCCACCACUGGAGAAGAAAUCUGAGGUGGUUAGGAGCCCUGAGCCAGCACAGAAACCAGAAGAGCAUCCUACCCCAACAUCAUCUCCCAGUAAAGAUCUUGAGAUUAAGUCUGAGAUGCCUGCUCUCACCAGAGAGGUGCAGAUCAGGGUGGAACCUCUGUGCACUAUGCUGGAGGAUUCUACAAGGGUCACAAACGAGGAAAUGAUGCCUCAAAUUGGUCCAGAAGCGCUGGUCUGUCAUGAAGUGGACCUCGAUGAUCCGGAGGAGAAGGACAAGCUGUCUGGUGAAGAAUUACUGAUGAUGAUGAUGGCACAGAACGCUCAGACUCUGGAGCCUUCUAACCACCUUCCUCAUGUUCUGGCUGUGGAAGAACCUCCACGUCUCAUUUCCCAGUCUUGUGCAUCCAGCCCGGAGGAAUCCCACAGCACCAAGAGUGAAAGUGAUGCCACCAUCGAGGUGGACAGUGUAGCCGAAUCACAAGAGGGUCUUGGUGAGAAUGAAUCAACGCAUAGCUUUGAUGCUAGUGCCAGUUCUAGCAACUCCAGCAUUUCAUUGCAGGAGCGAGACGGAAAGGAAAGAGGUCAGAAAAGGUUAUUGGACUGCACUACAAGCUCAUCAACCAAGAAGCAAAAACGUAGCCAGAAACGUUCAAGUGCUGUUUCUAAAACAGAGAAGAAUGGAGCAGGUCACAGUAGUGACAGUGAGGAUCUCUCAGCCAUGGACAGCUCGAAUAAGCUAACCCCAGUCAAGCACUCCAGCCUACCCAAGAGCCAGAAGCUUUCACGAUCGCCUGGUAUGGUUUCUCCCAGCAGUAAAGACCUGGAGAAAGACAAGCACAAAGAGAAGCAGUCCAUCCCUUCCCCCCGCACAUAUAAGUGGUCCUACCAGCUCACUGAGCUGGACAACAUGUCAAGUACUGAGCGAAUUUCAUUCUUGCAAGAGAAGCUACAGGAAAUCAGGAAGUACUACAUGUCACUCAAGUCAGAGGUGGCAUCCAUCGACAGGAGGCGGAAAAGGUUAAAAAAGAAGGAGAGAGAAGUGUCCCACACAACUGCGUCCACAUCAUCUGGCUCGUCCGACAAUGGCAUGAGUCCGUCGUCAGCUUCCCCAACUCAGAACAAUGUGGCUGUCGAGUGCAGGUGAUGGCACGCCUGUGCCCCGCCCUGCCUCACCUCUGCCUUCUCAGCAUCCUGCUGCCUCCGUGGAGACAUGCAUACUGAUGAGCCAGAGCAAGCAGCCAAUAGCACUCGACUGCCCGCCGCCUCCAUGUCUCCUCCAGUUCCUAAUGGCCACUCCCACCUUCUGCACUUUGUAAACUGAUCCUGCCUCUCGCUCACUGUCGCUACCACUAUCAGCACCAGGGAACGGACUCUACGUGAGGAUUGAAUGUAAUCGAUGAAAUCAAAGCUUAAAGAUUUAUCCAUCCAGAAAGAAAACAAUGGCACUUUUCACUUCUUUCCCCAGAAACCUCCUCUUACAGCUUCUGUGCAGCAGGGACUGAAUUUUGAUGCAGUAAUCAAUCAAUUGUAUGUUCUUCUAUUAGAAUAUGGUAAGAACAUCAUCUACGAUCCUUAGGUAAUGGUCACUUAACCAGCUGGACAUGGUUAUUCAAAGAAAGGUCAAUUGUUGUGCGCUUACUCCAUCAGAACUGCCAAAGUACGUGUGUAACAGCAGAGUGCCCUAUUUCGGAAAAGUAGGACAAAGUCGAUUGCAAAAGGAAUGUAGUUUACUGAAAACCGCAGCUGCCGUCUUCCACUAAGUGUGUGAGCACAUAGAAUUAUGCAAAACCUAUUUUUGUCAUCUUUUUAAGAAAAUGGAAGAAAAAAGAAACAUACAGAAAAUGUUUACAGUGGAACACGAAACCUGUUUUCAGUGGACUAAUUUCCUUUGCAAGUGGCAUUUUGUCUUUUUAUAUGUAUUUGCAGAGUUUUUAUUUUAGUAUGGAAAAUUUCAAAAAGUAUAUAUUACAGCCGUGAAGUUAUUUAAUGAAAAAUUUCUAGAGCUGAAAUUUUUGUGUAAAAUAAAGGUAUUAUCUUGCAACUUGUUAAAUAUAUUUAUUCAGUCCACGGACAGCAUUUUUGUAUUUUUUACAAGAUGAAAAUCACACAAUCCUCCCACUUUCGCUUCAGUGGGGUAGAAGGAAUAGGUGAAUUUUGUGGGGUCUUUUUGAGCAUUUGAAUGUGUUGUCACAAUUGAGUAACUACUGUGCAGUAAAACGUGUCCUCCCCUGUUUUGUUUCUCCAUUUGGGCCCAAAAUAUUUUGAGUAUUCCCAUUACCUUUAUGGAACACCAGAAAUAUUGACCUUCAUUUCCCCCACUCUUUCCUGGUACUUACUUUGUUAUAAUUUAUACAUUUAUUCUUAUUUUAAUUUUUCUUUUCUUAUUUCUUGACCAAUUGAAUAAUUCAUUUGAGACGAGUAUGGUAAGCCCAGGGGUUUCUUACUGAUUGUUCCUUUUGUAAAUGGAUCUUCCAAAACCAUGUAUUUGAAAAAUACAUUUAACAUAAAACUGUAAAAAUGAUUUAUAUUAUUUUUUAAACAGUACAUCUUUGUAUAUUAAUUUUCCUUUUCUAUGUCAAGUUGGUAGAAGCAUUAGCACAUCUUUUGAUUGUAUAUAAUCAACCAUUUAGCAACCUAAACCAAGCUGUCUAAAGUGAUGAGCCCAUGACUAUGUUGGACAUUUUAUGCUGUAGGCAUCGAUGAAAUUGUGGACAAGCUUGCUUUCCUGUGACUUCAAUUUAUUUACAGAUUCCUGGAUGAUGAAAUGAAGGCAUUAGGUUCCUGAGCAAAGCCAUUGUAUCUUAAUGUAAAAUAAGAGCGCUUUCAUUUCUAAUAAAGUUUUGAAAUAUUCAGGUCCCCCUUCUUUCUUUGUAUUGAGUUUUAAUAACUUGGCAAACCACACAAAAACAUGUCCAGGUUACGUUUCAACCCAAAAAUGAAAAUAGAUUUGGCAGAAAAAGGUUUUGUUUGGACUUAAGAGUUUCUGCUGGGCUGAAAAAAUUGUCCUGUUGCAAAUAAUGGCCUUAAAGGUCUUAAAUUGAGGCAACAAGUUUUAAAUUCAUAUGGUUAUGGUAUUAAAUGUUGCAUGAGGGAUAAAAAGUAAUUUCUGAGCAUGAAUAGAAAACUUGGGAUUUCUAGGACACACUAUAGUGCCACAAUCAUUCAAAAAUUCACUUUUUCUUUUGCACCAUUUGCCCUUGAAACUAAAAUAUUUUCCUGCUUAUUUAAACAGUCUGCUUAAAUUAAAACCACCCAUUAUAGUGGCUGCCAUCUUGGAGUAUUACUUUUAUUAUUCGCAACUUUGCCUGGAUUUGCCUAAACAAUGGCUCAAAAUAACCUCCAGACCGAUUCACAACUGGCACUACUCAUCGACCACUUAAAAACAAGCUAAACAUUAUCUGCAAAUGGCAAGUUGUCUUGUCCUUAUCUUAACUGUCUCUUAGGAGUGUUGUCUCUCAGAUUUAAAAAACAGUUUGGAGAAACAAGCAGAACUCACAACUUUCCUUUAUCUCACUUAAUUGCAUGGGAUGACUGUCCAGCAGAUAAGGGAACAUGUUGGAUUUGUUUACAUCAUUGUGCACAUGUGUCAUUUAUGCUGAAUACACACAUGCAGUGUUGUGAAUUUUGAUUCAUUGAUAGAUUAAAAACUACAGUGCGAUCAGAAAAGUCUGAAAAUGUGGCUAAACUGUUAUUGUAUUACCGAAUACCAUCACAUGCCUAUGGCAUAUAUGACUGUUCUUGUGCUCCAUAGGCAUUUACAUUUAGAGAAUAAUGCAAUUACAUUGUGUAAAGGCAGCACAUUCACUAAUAUGAUGUAUCAAUACAAUUUAAAGGAAAAGUUCACCCACAUUUUUUUUUUAUCAUAGUUCACUCAUCCUCAUGCCAUCCCAGAUGUGUAUGACUUCUGCUGGACAAAGAUUUUAAGAAGAAUAUUUAAUCUCUGUUGGUCCAUACAAUGCAAGUGAAUGGUGACCAAAACUUUGACGCAAAAAAAAAGCAUAUAAAGGCAGCAUAAAAGUCUCCAGUGGUUAAAUCCAUGUCAUCUGAAGCAAUAUGAUAGGUGUGGGUCCUUUUUUGUUUUUCUUCUCUUUUUUCCAUUUACAAUUGUUUACAUUUUCAAGAGGGAGGAAAAAAAAUGACUUUUAAGUGGCUCUUCAGCAUGAAACCGAUCUAACGGUGCAGUUUUCAGGAUGCUUUGCUCAGUGUCAAGUUCAACACAUUCAAUAUAUAAAUUUUUUUUUACAUUUAAUUGAUCAAUUGUCACACAUUAUACAUACAUUUCUGCAUAUACAUGGUGAAAUUUAUUUUUCACAUAUCCCAGCUAAGCUAAGCUGGGGUCAGAGUGCAGGGUCAGCCAUGAUACGGCACCCCUGGAGCAGAUAGGUUCAAGGGCCUUGCUCAAGGUCCCAACAGUGGUGUCUUGGUGGUGUUGGGGCUUGAACCCAUGACCUUCUGAUCAGUAACCCAGAGCCUUAACCCAUUUAUUGCCAUAGACAAUAAAUGUCUAUUUUUCCAGCCUGUUGUAUUAAUAUUUACUAAACACCCCUUAUUUAUUUUAGAUAGUUACUAUAUAUAUAUAUAUUUUUUACACAGGUCAAAUAUACUAUUUAUUAAAUCUACUUUAAUUGCGUAUCGUAUUUCAAUGGGGGAUAUAAUUUAUUACAGCUGACAGUUACGUGAGCAACCGUAGUGAGAUAAACUGAAAUUCAUGGCUUUUUAACAUUUCUGUGUACAAAUUUGAAGGCUGUUUAUUGGAUAAAUGUCAUAUUAUACAACUAUGCAUUACUUUACGGAGAGCUUACUACCUACUAGUUAAGUCUUACCUUGAGUACAGGUGGUGCAACCAAAUUAAGCACUGACUUAGUUACAAACUAUCUAGUAUGUACUAAACCCUUAGUGUGAACUUUAUGUCUCAACUUACGUGAGAAUUUAUGCACAGCUGGUGCAACCCUACCCUGGUCACCAUUCACUUGCAGUGCAUAUACCAACAGAGCUGAAAUAUUCUUAUAAAAAUCUUAGUUUGUGUUCCACAGAAGAAACUCAUACACUUCUGGGAUGGCAUGAGGGUGAGUAAAUGAUGAGAGAAUGUUUUGGGUGAACUAUGCCUUUAAAAAAAAUGAAAAAAAGUCAGAUUUUUAAAGGCACUAACUAGAGUAAUAUUGAAAUGGAGAUGUGCUUAAUUGUCAUGAAAACGUCAAU